AUGAUAGCGAAGGUUUCUCCACGCCAGGUGGGCCCGGAGCUCUCUUUCGGCGCAGCCGAGAUAUCCGCUGUGAGGCUCUGGUUUCUGGAGCGCUCUGGCAGCAAUCACCGACAAGAAACACGUGCGUCGCACCGUCAGUUCGGUGCGAGGGGCGGCCAAACGUGA